CCCUUCCCCUCCCCCCUCUCCCUCCCCCUCUCCUCUCCCCCUCCUCUGUGUUCAUCAUCACACCCGUUAGGACGAACUACCACGCACAUCCCCACACACAUUCUCUCGUUCCUUACCUUACCCGCGAUUAGGAACCCUCCUCCUCCUCGACCGCAAAUCGAUUCUCGCCCUUGAUCGUCGAGAAAACCGUACUACAUAAAUCCCUAUCCAGCUUUUACGUCGUUCAUUCAAUAGUUCGUUCCAAUGAGUGAGGGGCAGCAGGAGACCUAUCAGGGUGACAGUCAGGCCUCGGCGGUGGACGCACAGCUACAGCAGCAACACCAACAGCAACAACACCAACAGCAACAACACCAACAACAACAACAAAAGCUUGCGUCUGCCCCUGCGGAUGGACCGAACCAGCAACUCUCCCACAAGCGCAAGCGCGACUCGAUAGAGGAGAGCAGCGCCGAAACCGAGGAAGAACGGGCAGGUACCGAGGGAAGCACUUCGAGUCGUCGGACGUCCUUUAAACAGACUUCCCCCGGCAUGUCCGCCUUCAUGCCGAUAAACACGAAUUCUCCACAAAACACAGCGUACGCCUACCAACCGUUGAAUGUGGCUCAGCAGCAUUCGCCUAAUGCGAUGAAUGGUUCUAGUGCUACGGAUGCUGCCAAUGCAGUUUUGGCGGCGAAUGCCAUGAGCACCAUGCUACCUACGUUACAGUUCGCUCAGACGGAUGUGAAACCCGGGGAACAGCAGCAGCAUGUCCAGAUCGAGGCGGCAACCUUCGCGAACAUGUCGCCCCAACCCAUGGAAGGCCACACGGAAGGCGUCGGCGGUGUUCAACACGCUCACGUUACCGCUCAUUCGACACCGGUCCAGCAGCGUCCGGCACCUCCGAAUCCGAAGCCGCAGGUUGGGACGGAGGAGUGGCACAGAGUUCGCAGGGAUAAUCACAAAGAAGUGGAACGACGCCGUAGGGAAACAAUCAACGAGGGAAUUAACGAGCUCGCCAAGAUUGUUCCGGGAUGCGAGAAGAAUAAGGGCUCGAUUCUGCAGCGCGCGGUCCAGUACAUCCAACAGCUCAAGGAGAACGAGGCUUCGAACAUCGAGAAAUGGACGAUGGAGAAGCUGUUGACCGAACAGGCGAUUUCGGAUCUCAGCGCGAGGAACGAAAAGCUUCAGAAGGAGUGCGAGCGUGCAUGGCGGGAAGCCGAAACCUGGAAGAAGACUUGCCUCCAAGCGGGUGUGACGACGGAGAGUGGGGGCCAAGGCGGCGGAUCCUCAUGACCCGCAGGAUCAACACUUUCGGACACGGCCAGGGUGGAUCGAAUCCGAAAAGGGAAGGAACUUGAAUAAUGUGUUCGGAUUCGAUCCCAGACAGAGAAAAUGGUGGUCCGGUUCGUAUAAUCUUAUGGGCACGAAAAUGGCGACUACUACGAGUAUAACGGUUGUCACAACGAUAUAAAUUUACGAUCAUCCUUCAAAGUUCAGUUGUGUUUGGAGGGGUCAGUUGUUCGGGUGCAAGUUGAACU